AAUCUACAUAAAAUUUAGAGAAGGUUUAGCCAUCGAAGAGAAAGGACUUUUUAUAAUUUUUUUAAUACUAUUAUUUCUCACAACUUUUUAAUUUAAAUCCAUUUUUGUAGACAUGCACAUACAAGAUGAUGUCUGAUCAGUUUAGAAAAGUAGAACCAUAUUCUCCGAAGUCCUCGCCUCGAGGAGCGAGGUCACCAGUUGUUUCACGGCAAGAUUCUUCUGGUACCCUCAAAACUACUAUUUCACUGGGUAAAAAUCCCUCCAUAGUACACAGUGGACCAUUCUAUUUGAUGAAAGAACCUCCAGGAGAAUGUGAGUUAACAGGAGCAACAAAUUUAAUGGCGUAUUAUGGACUCGAACAUUCUUAUAGUAAAUUUAACGGUAAAAAAUUAAAGGAGUCGCUAUCUUCCUUCUUACCUACAUUACCUGGUAUCAUGGACGGACCUGGACAAGAGGAUAACAGUACAUUGGGUUCUGUAAUCGCAAAACGCCCUAUAGGAGGAAAGGAAUUAUUACCAUUGACUAGUGCUCAGCUUGCUGGCUUCCGGUUACAUCCAGGUCCACUUCCAGAGCAGUACCGCUAUGUGAGUGCUACCCCACCAAAGAAACAUAAGAGCAAACACAAGAAACAUAAACACAAGGAUGGUGCUCCUCCAGGCCAAGAUACUCCCCUGCAAGAUUCAUCAAAUCCAGACACCUAUGAAAAGAAACACAAAAAACAAAAGCGCCAUGAUGAUGACAAAGAGAGGAAAAAGCGUAAAAAAGAGAAAAAGAGGAAAAAGCAAAAACACAGUCCCGAGCAUGGAGGGCUAACACCCAGCCAACAUCCAUUACCUUAAGUUAGUUUUAUUACUUCUAUAAUUAUGAUUUUUUGUCCAGUUUUUUCUUAAAGAAUGAGCAAAACUUAUUUCCACAAACAGUAAGUUUUUGAGAAAAAUUUAGUAAGUAAUCUCUAUUUUCUUCAUAACAUGUAUAAAUUUGAUUUUUUUAAUGUAGGCUAGUAAAAUUUUUGUUUCUUCAUCAUUCAAAAAAUAUUUUUUAUUGAAUUCAAACAUUAGGUGAAAAAUGUAUAUAGGUAUUUUUGUGGCACCAUUUUAUUUUUGAAAAACAAGUUGUUCCAAAGAUAUUUUAUGUUAUGGCAAAAACUAAACAUUAUGACGCCCAUAACUAAAAUGACAUUUUGUCAUUUAUUGAAUUAACACAAUUCAUUAUAAAAUAAGCUACAUGUAUUCAAUCUUUUUUAUGGUUUACUCACACAGUCAACAUAAAUUCUAUAAUAAGAAAUUAUUUGAACUGAAUAGGUCUGAAUAAAGUAUAAUUGUUGUUAAUAUUUCUUUAGGAUUGUCAUAACUAGCUUAAGUUAUUUAUAUAAACACAAGAGAAAUAAAAACUAAAGGAUGCAUCUUCAUUGGUACAUAAACUUGUAUUUGGUUAAUUAUCAAUGUAAUCAAAUCAAUACUUUAUGAAUACCUUAUUUUUUCAUAGUAAAAUUUGUUUAAUUAGUAAAUAAGCUAGAUGUAAGAAGUAUGUUUAAAUGCGACAUUUUGUAUGUUUGAAACAGCACAUAAUUUUAAGUUUCAGAGAAUCCUGUUAUGUAGAAUUAUGAAAAAUAAAAUUUCUGUGAAAUGAAUGAGUUAUGACAUUUUAAGAGUAAUUUUCUAAAAAAAUUAAAUUAUAAAAUUAGCUUACUGUCAGUAAUUAUAAGUUGUUUUACCUAAAUGUCUUUUAAUAUUUUUGUGAUACAUAUAAAUUUAUUGGUUAUGUUGUACUGUUAAAAAAGUAACUUGAAGAAUAAUUAUAGAUCAUCAGACCUUCAGUUGGGGAUCGUAUUGAGUGCGAAGAGUUGCCAUUACCCAUCUUUACGUCUUUACGCCGGCCAUAUUAUAGGUAAAAUAAUCUUGCAAUAUAUAAUGAAGUUAAAUGUUAGUAGGUAAAUCUGAAUAUUGAGAGAACCUUUUCUUUCUUUUAAAUGUAUAAGGUGAAAAUUAUCAACUAAACCGCGUAUUGUAUAAAAAUAAAACAAAAGUUAAAGGCGUAAUUUAUUCAAUUAAAUUUACACAACAUUCGCUUCAUACAAAAUGUGUUGGUUUUAUAAAAUCAAAUAAAUUAGUAAUGCAGCACCAAAAUACAUUCACCAAUUCUUACAAAAUGUCUACUUACUUUCUACAUUAUAUGCUCUUUACCUAUUGUUUAAAUAUAGCCAAGUUAGAACCAAAUUAUACAUCAUUUUUAACUAGCAUUCUAUUAGUACUGUUUAUGUAUCAAUAUUAAUGUCUAUUAUAAGUACAGGACAGGCCAGUUAUCUAACUAUUCAUAUUCUACAUGACACAUUAAUAACUCUAUUUUCUAAGACAGUCUAACAAGGCUAUACAUUUUGGUGCAAGCAGUUAUAGUUAUAGU